CCUGCCUACCACCUCACGACGUCUGACCACGCUGGCUUUUAAAUGGGACGGCCGCAGAGGAAGAGCAGCGUAGGCCAUAUAUGUUGCUUCAAAAGCGUCCACCCAGCUUUGAAGUUGCACCGCCUCGAUCAAACGAGCCGACGGUGUCAAAUCAUUUUGAAAGUCACAUGCAUUUCGUGGCUUUCACUCAUCAGACUUGUUCCGGUGCGAUGAAGAUCCGUUUCUAUCUCAAGCAUUGCCUUUCCGGUGGCGACGUCUAACUCCAAAAGGGGGUUGAAUCAAGUUCCGUGAGAGGACUACAUGUAAUUGUUGUCACAGGCAGAUACUACUCUUUAUACUGCGGCGCGUUUAUUGC